ACUUGGGACCUAAUCACGAAAACAGUGAACAUGUUGACGUCAGAUCUCAGAUGUACCAAAAGAGCAAAUAGGACAGAAUAUUAAGCGCUAGUCGGGACAUGCUUGCGUGAUAUACAAAUACCCUAAGAAACGUCGACUCAGGCAUACAUCUUGAAAUAUUUUACUCGAAGAACGUUGGGAAUUCUGAAAAGGGAAACACGUUCGCCAGCUUUUGUUAAAAGACUAUGCUUCACAUUGUUGCUGCAGCUAUGAGCAACCACCUUCAAAAUAUCUCUUCCUUAAAUUCACUAGACUGGCUUUCUCAAGACGACAGAAAUUCUUCGUCUGUCAGAACUUCUGAUCUCCAAGUCGUGGCUGUAAGCCCAUGGGAUAUCACUCUGUGUGUCACUGGGACUAUUAUAUCUUGUGAAAAUGCAGUCGUGAUUGCGAUUCUCUUCUACUCUCCAACACUUCGAGCGCCCAUGUUUGUUCUAAUAGGCAGUCUGGCUCUGGCAGAUCUCCUAGCAGGACUAGGUCUCAUCCUGAAUUUCAUUUUCAUAUAUUUGCUCCGUUCCGAACUGGCCUCGUUAGCCGCAGCUGGGCUUUUAAUUACCGCAUUUUCAGCGUCUGUGUGCAAUCUGCUUGCUAUAACGAUUGACAGGUACCUCUCCCUGUACAACGCAUUAACAUACCACACUGAAAGAACUGUUACUUGCACGUACAUGAUGCUGUUUCUUAUCUGGUUCACCAGUAUCAUCAUGGGAAUGCUGCCGAUUAUAGGAUGGAAUUGUUUAAGAGACGAGUCCUUGUGCAGCAUACUGAGACCUGUCACCAGGAACAAUGCGGCUGUGUUGUCUGUUUCGUUUCUGCUCAUAUUUGCAAUGAUGCUGCAGCUAUACCUCCAGAUUUGCAAAAUCGCUUUUAGACAUGCACAGCAAAUUGCAGUCCAACAUCAAUUCAUGGCCGCCUCACACGCCUCCUCCACUACUAAGGGGGUGUCGACCUUGUCUGUUAUUCUGGGAAUAUUUGCCUUUUGCUGGAUUCCAUUUGCAAUGUACACCUUAGUAGCAGACUCCAGCUAUCCUGUGGCAUACACCUAUGUGACCAUCCUGCCUGCAACAUGCAAUUCUGUUAUUAAUCCUAUUAUUUAUGCCUUCAGAAACCCAGACAUUCAGAAAUCUUUUUGCCUGGCAUGCUGCAGUUGUGUUCCUGAAACUUUCACCUUGAGACCAAGGACAUCUAGUAAUGUAUAGGACUUCUAUCUAUCUAUCUAUCUAUCUAUCUAUCUAUCCAUCCAUCCAUCCAUCCAUCCAUCCAUCCAUCCAUCCAUCCAUCCAUCC